CUCCAUGGGUAACGCCGACAGCGCCAGACACACCGCCGCCGCGGAUACCGCAUAUACCACAUACCUAUCACCAUCAGUAGUGGGGUGACAACCGCAGUCGUUAGGGGCGACGUGCAUUGCGUGUCGUGCUUAGUGGCGUCUGGCUGGCAAUGAUGGCACUGCGAGGAUUGCGCAUGGUAGCACGGAUCGUCGGCGCACCCGGAAAGCAGACGGGCCUCGGCUCCGCCUGUAAGGUGCUGGUGCCAUGCCUGUCAUUGCAGAGCAUGAGCACGGCGGUGCGCACCGAGACCCUUAAUCAGAACAUGCAGCUGCGGCUGUCGGACAAACCACCUCCCACGGCUGGAGCACCCCUGGUUGGAGGGGGUGGAGGCAGCCAAGGCGUAGUGUGCCCUGUGCUCACCUCCUCCUCAUCGGCACGGCCAGACGAGGUGAUGGGUCACCGGGGGGUGAGCAGCAGCAGCAGCAGCAGUGCGCUGCGCGAGAACCCUUUGACCGUGUUGCUGGCUUGGAUGAAUGCAAAGGACAAGCACCUUCAGCACUAUCACGACUUCUACCUGCAGCUGGGCUUCGAUGUCCUCACAGUGCGCACACUGCCCCUGCAGCUGGCAUUCCCCACAUCAGGGGCACAGGUGGUGGCCAAGCGGCUGCUAGACUUUUUGGUGAACCACCCCAACUACAGCCGUCUGGUGGUGCAUGGAUUCAGUGUGGGUGGCUACCAGUUUGGCGAGGUGCUGGUCAAGAUACGCAAGGCAGGAGGUGAUUACGAUGGGGUGCUGCCUCGUUUCAAGGCACAGGUUUACGACAGCCUGGUGGACCAUGAAGGCAUCCCCAAGGGCUUCCCCACGGCGCUCACCCGGAACCAGGUGAUUCGCAAAGUGCUGGAGCUGAUGAUCCGCCUGCAACGGUUCGUGUUCUAUCCCGUGUCCACGGUGCACUGGAAGGCGUCGUCGCGCGCCUUUCACGAGAACCCGCUCAGCUGCCCAGCGCUGAUGAUCAACUCGAAGCGUGACCAGGUUGCCUCCAUUGAGGACAAUCUGCGGGUUGCCAACCAGUGGCGCCAGAGGGGCACCGACGUCACCUUCUGCACGUUCGAUGACUCCAAGCACGUGCAGCACAUGGGCCUCUACCCUGACCUCUAUAGUGGCGAGGUGCUGCGCCUGCUUCGCAAAGCCCAGCUCAUAGCCUGAGUGUGAAAUAAAACCUUUUCUUUUAAAGCGCA